CGAGUGUUGGGGGCCCGCAGCUGAGAACAUGCGGGAGGGGCUUUGGGAUCAGCACUGCAGCAGGGCAGCCGGCCAGCCAGCACGCAGCCAGCAGGGGAGCGGACACUUGCGGAGUCGUGGGUGCCCGAGCGAAUACGUACGACGACGUAGCAGGAUAAUUUGGUCAGCGCCCGUCUUACCUAACCAACGGAACACAGCCGAGGGGGAACCUAUGUUCGCGGCUGGAGCCAACGAUCACGGGCAGGCAUGGGGGGGUGUCCCGGGCUCGGGCAGGACGCUUGCGCGGCUUCCCUCCUCAUCGACCCAGCGGCGUAUGGCGAACCAAGGCCUGCAAGACCUGUACGAUUGGCUGGGGGGCGACAACUGGAAGUGCCGCGACGGCUGGCUGGACCCUGGAAGCGACGUGAGGGAGUGGCACGGGCUCACCAUAACCACUUCUGGCGACUUGGUGUCGAUCAACCUCAUCAGCAAUGAUCUCGAGGGAGAGAUGCCCGAGAGCCUGUGCAACCUGUACUCACUUCAGCACCUCAACCUGUCCUACAACUUCGGUCUGCGAGGUUGGAUCCCCGAGGGGCUCGGCGACCUCAUCAAACUCAAGACCCUGCAUCUGUACAGUGCUCUUUUGACAGGCGCUAUCCCCGAGUCGCUCGGCCAGUUGCAUAGCCUGGAAGAGCUCUUCCUGCACGGCAACCGCCUCACGGGCGAGAUUCCGCCAUCCCUCGGCAACCUCAAGAGCUUGCGGAAGCUGUUCCUGAACUCGAACGAUCUCGUCGGCACCGUGCCGCCGGAGCUGGGCAGGCUCUCUUCGCUCGACACGCUCAACCUGAGCUGGAAUAACCUGCACGGGGAGGUGCCCGCUAGCGUCAAGAACCUGCAAAACCUGCAGUUGCUGUCCAUCGAGGGAAACGAGCAGCUCGUGUUGUCGCGGAACUCGCACUACGGCGGACAGGCAACGUUUGAGACGAGCGGGUCGUCGAACCAAGCCUGGGAAGCCGCCGAGGAAGCGAUAGAGUUGCACACCGCCGCGCACUUGGGGGCCGCCGGCGAGGUACGGCUUCAGCAAUAGGUGCCAGCCACCUCAACCAUGGAGGAACAGCAUUCCGCUGCUCACCUGGGCUGAAGAGGAGGAAGGUCGUGCGUGUGCGCGGUGGCCCUGCCAGUUGACCACACGCGCCCAUCGUCCUCCUCCUUGUCUGCUCGUGGAUCGUCAAACGCUUUGCACCAACUGCUCCACGGACGCGCGUUUGGAGCUGUUUUGUGCUCGUUCUGUUGUUAUGACGCCGGGGCGAUGAAGAGUGUAAGAACGAUUAAGUUAAGGCUUGCGAUACCUCCAAUAUCGUUUGCCACCUCCUCGAACACACACACAGGCACCCCGCGGAGUGCACAUGUCCUUUCGUUCCGUGUGUUUUUGUGCGUUUUGGUAAGGUACGCGUCUCAAGGCCUCUGGCUUUUCUUGAGCUUUUUAGCAGCGGCCAGUAGCGGCGAGUGUCGAGCAUUUGCCCCCCACCCCCCCCUCCCCCAUCGUUUUGCGUGCUCAGGGUGUCGUGACGUGUCAAGCUGGAAGCACUCGAAGCUGCUGCGUACCAAGCCUGAUUUCAUGCUUGAAUAUCCCCCCCCGAGUUGGUGGUCGUUAGGCGGCUGUGUCAUUCACUCGGGGGCCACUGCGGUAGUAGCCUCUGGCCGUUCGAAGCCCGUGUGAGUUUUCAGACCGAUCGAACUAGAGCUGUAUCUACAUUUUGUGCGAUUUUUUCGAUACAUGCAGCUGGAUAAAAGAGAGGUGUGUGCUGAGUUUUGGUGUCGUGAGGGCGCCAGUGUGUUGGGGUGGUGGGUUGUAAGCUUGACCGCAGCCACCGUUGGAAUGGAUGGAGUAUACAUGUAUUUCUCGUUUGGGGUGCGAAAAGAAGGCUCCGAGCGUUUGAGCGGUAGGUAGUUCUUGUGUCGGAUGGGUUGGUUUCUCGAUGUCGAUGUUGUUAAUCGUCCUGGGUUUUGUCUUGCAUGAUCUUAGGGACUUGAAAGCCCCUUCGUUUUUUCGCCAGAAUUGAUCUGUGUAAAUUCAUCGUUUGUGUUGCGUUUUCCAUCUUUUGUCGCGCAACUACAGCUAACGGUUGGCACGCCAGGGCGGCGUACGUUGCAAACCAGAGACAAGGCGUGCUAUUGUUCCGUUCAGGUACACACGUUGGCGACAUUCUCUCGCCCACGGCCCUGCGUGGCAUCGUGGCGGCGCAACACACAAGCGCCGCCGCCGUUUUCUACUGUUAGUUGUUUGUUGUUGUUUGUUGUUCAUGUUGUUGUUCAUGCCGGCGCCGAUGACAUGGCGUUCGACCUUUUCUGGUAGUUUUUUCGUUUUUUUUUUGUGUGCGCGUGCGUGUUUGCGACAUCGGGUCGUGAAAUGUUGAACGUUUGAUGGAGAAAAAAAAAGAGAGGCGAGGAGGGAGGGAGAUGAUCCCACAAGCGGACCCGCAAAGUCUAGUAGCCCAGUUGUGUCAGGACUACUUCUAGAGGAACACGUGGGUAGUGGCUUAUUACAAUAAGGAAAGUUUGUUUGCCCAUGAGGCAAAAUCGGAGAAUCACCAUCACGGACCGACGAGUUUGGGCAUUUCGCACGUACGUUCUGCUGCGCACGGCCGGCCGGACAUUUAGAUUUUUCUAUGAUAUUACAACAGUGUUAAAAAACAGAAACCUUGGGUGGCAUCGUGCAUAGGUCGCCUCCGCCACUCACUGCCCCGGUGCUGCCUGGUUUUGUUUUUCGGACACCGGGGUACAUUUUUUCGAUGUGGACUUUUCAGAAAUUGUCCCGUGGCGGGUUUCAGUAGAUCACGGAGCGAGCGAUGUGAGUAGCGCUGCUUGAAAUAGUCCAUGUGUAUACUAGCAUAGCCGAGUGUUGUGUGUUAAUGAAGGGGGGGGGGG